CAGAUCGCUGCCGGCGACAAGCUGGCCAUCCCGGAGGACUGCCCUCGCGACCUGGCGGAGCUGAUCGCGCAGUGCCUGUCCACGGAGCCCAACGACCGACCCAACUUCACCGGCAUCGUCCACGCCCUCGACGCCCUGCUCGCCCGUCUGCUGCCGCCACGCAAGCCGUCAUGUGGUGGUGGUGGUUGUGGCCCGACUCCGCCUCUGGUGGAUCGUGCGAGUGACGCGCUCGACGAGGAGGGGGAGGGGGAGACCAGGGAGAGCCGCUGGCGAAGGCUCCUCCAGCUAGAGAAAGAUACUCUUUCUCGUGGCGUCGUGGCUUCGAGCGACAGCGAUGCAAGCGAUGACGACACCAGCAAUAGCGGCAGGGAAAGCGAUGAAGACGACGACGAUCAGGAGGAAGCGCUGCGACUCGUGCAGUACAACCUCGACGUGGAGAGUACGCGCGCGGUGGGAUGA